AACGCGUUUUUAGCGGAAAUGACGUUGAGUAGCUGUCUUAUGCAAGAUGGCGGCGUCCUUAAGGAGACUGAGUGGAUAUAUCGGCAAGGCUGCGAUCAGGGGUUUGGUGAGCAAAUCACAGCCCAUAGGAUUUGGAAUAAGCAGAAAUAGGUCCACACAAGCAUUCACCCAAGCAGUUCUAAAUGUACCAGAGACUAAGGUGACCGCUUUGGAAAAUGGACUAAGAGUUGCUUCAGAGGAUUCUGGACUUUUAACUUGCACGGUUGGGCUCUGGAUUGAUGCUGGAAGCAGGUAUGAGAACCAGAUGAAUAAUGGAACUGCACAUUUUCUGGAGCACAUGGCAUUUAAGGGAACUAAAAACCGUUCCCAACUUGACUUGGAGCUGGAGAUUGAAAACAUGGGUGCUCAUCUUAAUGCAUACACUUCUCGAGAGCAGACUGUGUACUAUGCAAAAGCUUUCUCCAAAGAUCUACCAAGAGCAGUGGAAAUCCUUGCAGACAUUAUUCAGAACAGCACCCUAGGUGAGGCUGAGAUUGAAAGGGAAAGAGGAGUCAUCUUACGGGAGAUGCAGGAAGUGGAGACCAAUCUACAAGAAGUGGUUUUUGAUUAUCUGCAUGCAACAGCGUAUCACAACACUGCUCUGGGAAGGACAAUACUUGGACCCACAGAAAAUAUCAAAUCAAUAAAUCGCAAUGAUUUGGUGGAGUAUAUAACAACACAUUACAAAGGGCCAAGAAUAGUUCUGUCAGCUGCAGGAGGUGUAUCACAUGAUGAAUUGCUGCAUUUGGCAAAGUUUCAUUUUGGUAAUUUACCAUCCAUAUAUGACGGGGAAACCCUUCCUCCCUGCUCCUUCACAGGUAGUGAGAUCCGUGUUCGAGAUGAUAAAAUGCCACUUGCUCACAUUGCAGUUGCCGUAGAAGCAGUGGGUUGGUCCCACCCCGACACAAUUCCACUUAUGGUUGCCAAUACACUUAUUGGAAACUGGGACAGAUCAUUUGGCGGUGGUGUGAAUUUAUCAAGUAAACUUGCCCAGCUCACAUGUCAUGGAAACCUCUGUCACAGCUUUCAGUCAUUCAACACAUGUUACACAGACACUGGACUCUGGGGGCUCUAUAUGGUGUGUGAGCCCAACACAGUGGAGGAUAUGAUGCAUUUUGUUCAGAGAGAAUGGAUCAGACUCUGUACUAAUGUGACUGAAAAUGAGGUUGCCCGUGCUAAGAAUCUCCUAAAAACAAACAUGUUGCUUCAACUGGACGGGUCAACACCUAUCUGUGAAGAUAUUGGUAGACAGAUGUUGUGUUACAACCGCAGAAUUCCACUGCCUGAACUCGAAGCAAGAAUUGAUUUGAUCAGUGCUGAAACAAUACGUGAAGUAUGCACCAAAUAUAUUUAUAACAAGAGCCCUGCAGUUGCUGCUGUUGGCCCCAUUGGACAACUUCCUGAUUAUGACAGAAUACGAAGCGGAAUGUACUGGCUAAGAGAUUAAAUAAAAGGGUAUCCCAGCACUAGGCAGACUUUUGUUGCACAUAGAUGUUAUUGCCAAAAGGUUCUGACUUGUUUGUAGACUGUGUAGACUGUGCUCUAUGAAAGAACCUAGAGAAUAUGCUUGCCCUGGAGAUCUCUGUCCCGAGAAGGAGAAAGGCUUUAAUCACAGGAACCGGUGUUUAGUGUAUUUGUUUAGAAAAACAUGGACACAAAGCACCAUACUACGGCAGCAAGUGAACUCUGCAAUGAGGAUUAUUAAAACUGAGUAUUUUAAUAACAUCUCUACUGUUAAUAUAAUUUAUCACGUCAAA